AUGGUGGGUCACCUGCAUCUGCAGGCCAUGGGGGGCACGCGGGAGCAGAGCCGCGACGGCUUGCUGGACAGUCCCGACUCAGGACUGCCCCCCAGUCCCAGCCCUAGCCCGCCCUUCUACGCCCUGUCGCCGGGCACGCUGGACACCCGUGCCACCACUGAAACUCCAGCGGCCACUUCCCUCUUCCAAAAUCCCCCAGCCCUGGAGAUGAGGUCGAGGCUGCUGCCUGUGUUCUUUGGGGAGAGCAUCGAGGUGGACCCAGAACCUGCACAUGAAAUCCGCUGCAACUCUGAGGUCACCUAUGCCUCAGAGAGAUACUUCCGCGACAAGAUCUUCUACGCUCCGGUGCCCACGGUCACAGCCUACAGCGAGACCAUAGUGGCGGCGCCCAACUGCACGUGGCGGAGCUACCGCAGCCAGCUGACCCUGGAGCCCCGCCCACGGGCCCUGCGCUUCGGAAGCACCGCCAUCAUCUUCCCCAAACUGGCCCGCAGCUCCUUCCGCACCACGCUGCACUGUAGCCUCGGCCAGCCACGGCACUGGUACUCCUCCAGCCUGCAGCUGCAGCGGUGUGGGGACCCUGCACCCAGUUCCAGUGGCCCUGAUGUACUCUGA